AAUGCUAACCUACAUAGCUAUCUCUACCGGUAGUAGGUGUCAUUCAGUUGUCUUUCCGCGUUAAUUAUAAACUCGUGAACCUAUCUAAAGGUGAAUGACAGUCACUACGCCGUCGUGUCGUUAUUUUGUAAUCAACCCAUCCAACUGAGACGCCAAAAAUGAGAGAAGGAUUGUGUAUUUUCUGACCCACCUCUUGUGCAGCCAUGGAGAAGCCCUGGAGACUGUGUGGGGCGAUGGGGCAGUGCACCCUGACUCUAGUAUCCUGGGCCUGGGGUGCCUGCCGAGUUUUCCUUUUGGCUCUCAUCCUCACUUUCCACCUGUAUGGAGGUUUUUUCCUCUUCGCUCUCAUCUUCGCAUCUGUAGUCGGCAUUCUCUACAAAUUUCAGGAUGUUCUUCUCUACUUUCCUGAACAGCCUUCCUCCUCUCGCCUGUAUGUUCCCAUACCAGCAGGAAUCGUGCAUGAGAAUGUGUAUAUUCGCACCAAGGACGGUGUGAAGCUCAACCUCAUCCUUCUUCGUUACACAGAAGGAGAUUCUGCUUCUGGCACCACAUCCAACAAUCAGAGCAGCCCCACUUCUUCUGCUCCUCCUACAAUCCUUUAUUUCCAUGGCAAUGCAGGUAAUAUUGGUCACAGAGUGUCAAACGCACUUCUAAUGCUGAUCAAUCUGAAAGCAAAUGUGGUGCUGAUGGAUUACCGUGGCUAUGGAAAAAGCGAGGGAGAGCCAUGUGAAGACGGGCUGUACCUCGAUGCUGAAGCAACCUUGGACUAUGUCAUGACACGCCCCGACCUGGACAAAACAAAAGUGGUACUCUUUGGUCGCUCAUUAGGAGGCGCUGUAGCUGUGCGUCUUGCAUCAGUAAACCCUCACCGCAUAGCGGCCAUCAUCGUUGAAAACACCUUUCUCAGCAUCCCUCACAUGGCUGCAACUCUCUUCUCGUUCUUGCCAAUGCGCCUGCUGCCCUUCUGGUGCUAUAAGAAUAAGUUCCUGUCGUAUAGACAGGUGGCGCUGUGCCGCAUGCCUUCGCUGUUUGUUUCGGGUCUGUCGGACCAACUCAUCCCACCGGUUAUGAUGAAACAACUGUAUGAGCUGUCCCUUGCACGGACUAAGCGGCUGGCUAUCUUUCCAGAGGGCACGCACAACGACACGUGGCAGUGUCAGGGCUACUUUGCUGCUUUGGAGCAGUUCAUGAAAGACCUGCUGAAGAGCCACGCCCACGAGGAGAGUGCUCAGGCCUCAGCCAGCGUCACCAUCAUCUGAUGGAGGGUUAGAGGGUGAAGAGUUUAAGAAACUUCAUUGAUUUUUGGAGUGAAUGUACAUUUUAUGCUUUUAUUUGGGUUUUUGUUUUCAUUUCACUCUUUCUACUUUUCUUUAAAUUUGAUAUGCUAAAAUAUUUUCACUAUUUCAAGGGUUGAGGAGAUUGUAAUAUCUCCCUGGGUUUCCUUGUGCUUCAAAUAUGAAUGGAUGUGUCUAUGACCUUUCUAUGAACAAAGCCAGAGCAUAGUUGCUAACAUCACAAGAUGUGCUGAAACCACUGAGAAAUCUGAUAGUGUUUUUUUUUUUAGAUUACGAGAAAUCUACUGAUCUAGUUUUAAAAGAAGUUUGACCAUAAAAGGUCCUGUGGCGUUCAUGUGAAAAUUGAUCAAGACACAAUUGACACAUCUGUGUCUAAUUUUGUAAAUUAGAGUGGUGUGUAGAGGUAUACUGUAAAUAUAUUUGUUAAUACACAGAACUUUUCAGUUCAGAUUUAACCAAAUCUUUCUUUGUGUGGGUGCUUACAGUUUCUAAGGAGUACAUUGAGGAAUAUAGCAAUGUGUCCCCAUUCCCCUUAGUGCCAUGUACAUGCAACAGUUUGGCAUUUCACAACGUUCUCACAUAAAUAUUUAUAUGCACCUUCAAAUUUGGCCUUCCACAUUAACAUAAAGAGAAGCUGCUGCAUGUUUAUCAUUGGCUCACACAGAAGAAAUGGUGAGACAUAUAAGGCGAAUCGCUAUGAUACUACUUGUUAGAGAUAGGAAGUUGCUGCUUUCUCAAGAAUUAGGCACUUUCAAAAUGCAGAUCCAUCUGAAUGAGUGAGCAUCCUGUCAAAAAGUAUGGUUAUUUCUGGAAUUGAAAUGAAAAGUAAUACUCAUGCAUAUCAUUUGUCAAUAAUUAUUUUAAUGGUGUUUAUGUUAAUUUAGAUGCUUAAGGCUUACACAUAAUUGAAACUUUAAAAUUGACUUUCUUUACAUAAUAAAAAGAAUAAAAGGUUACAGAAAGUUCAAUAAAAAAUGCUAGGAAUCAGUAUCUCCAUGAAGAGAUGCAGAUUCUUGUGCGCUGUGUGUGUGCUCACAGUGCUCUAAAAGUUCCAGUUAGACAACACCCAGCAGAUGGCAUGGCCCCAUAAACCAUCAGCAAUUGUGGAAACUUAACACUGAACCUCUAGCAACUUGGAUUCUGUACUUUUCCAAAAUUCAUCCUGACUGAUCAUUUUGAAAUGAAAUGCAAAAUUAAUGUUUUUUCUGUGGGAAAAGGUCUUUGGAUCUUUAUUCAUCUGAAAACCAGGCCAGGUAAGGUGCUUCUGGCAUUAUCUGGUUUAGAAGUGACUUAACACAAUCAAUAAAGGACUUGUAACACAGGUCUCGGAUACAUCUGUGUGGCACCUCUGGGGACCCUGACUUGAGAUGUGUUCCUCACUUUAUGAAAAAUUUUUCCUUCCUUGCUCGUAUGGAGUUUAGCAUAUUUCUGAGAUUUAAAUUUGGGAUUUUAAUUGUUCUAAGCCAUAACUAUUCAAUGAUAUCACUCAGUUUUAAUUAAUCUAUAAACAAGUUAAACUUUUUUUAGUUGAAUUACUGAAAUAAAUAUCCUGAAAAUAUUAAAAAUGUAUCAAGAUUCACUUGCACAUGUUGCAAAAGAGCAACUCACAAAAUAAGUUUUAGGCAUUACUAAGCAGCUACUAUAUUGAUAUGCUUAGUGCAAAGGGGCAAUACUCAGAAAAUUGGUUACUAUGGUAAUCAGCUUGGCUCACGUGGCAAUUAGGUCACUUAAGUAAAUCUAUUAGCGAUAAUUCAGGACAAAAUUUCCAGUAUUAUUUCCAAGCAGUGGUAAUGCGAAUGAAUGAGUCAUUAAUAAUGAGAAGGAAGGAAACAAACUGCCAAGUAGCAAGAAAACAUUGUAGAUUAUUGGUGAACUGUAAUGAAUCUUAAAAACAACAUUUUUUGUUAACUCCAAAGGCACAUGUUAGUUUCAGUUUGUCCUACAUGUUUUAUGCACCGGCCAGUUCAACUGGGGAUUUCCAGUUAUUGGCCAGUGCUUGUUUAUUCCCCUUUAAAGCAUACAAUGUAUGCUGAUGUGUGUGUUGCAUUACAGUCGGGCGGAAUCUGUUAGCCCCUUAAGCACUGGGAAUAAACUGUGAGCGUUUUUAGUCAAAUGUGAUUAUGAGCUAUUAUCCUUUGCAUUUUAAUUGUUAAUUGAAGGAUCCUGUCUCCCUGUGCUUAUAUGACAAAAUGCCUUUUCUCUCUUAGGGAGGGCUUUUAAUGAGCUAAUUAACCUUUCCUGCAUGACUUCCACAGGAUGGGCCUAAAACCUGAAGAUUAAAAUCCUAUUAUCCACUUUUUCUUUCUGAAUGCAGCACACUGCACUGCAGUGGUUUGAAAGCCAUUUGAAUAUAUUCAGUAGGUCUCAGCCAUAUUAGAUUUUAAAAAAGAAAAGAAAAAGCAGUGAAAAGACCCAACUGGUGUCUGUCAAUGUAACUACAACUUGAAAAUGGUCUGCGGCCACUAGGAAUGUAAGCGUGGUCUUUAACUAAAAUGCACCGUAAAAAAAAAAAGAUUGUGUAAUGAUCGUCCUUCCUCCGACUUCUGUGAUUUCUUACCACUGGUUGCACUAAACAGUUUCAGACAAUUUUUGUAUGACAUCAAAUCCACAUGCUGAUUUUGUGCAAUCUACGUUUAGCUUUGAGAACAUAAACUUUUAUUUCCUCCACCAGCUUUGUUUCAGAUAUUUUUGCUGUUAAUUGAAUAUCUGCACUCAUGAAGAUAUUUGCCUUUCAUCCAUUUGUUGUUUCACCUUCUAGUUUAAACCUAUUUUGACGAGUAUAACACUUAAUUUAGAUUGUCACAAAAUAUGGGUUUCUUUAACACAUGAUAUAUAAUAAAAUUGAAUGUCUUGAUUUUUUUUUUCUCUUAGAAAAAUGUUAGGUGUGCAAAGCUACUUUGAGUGAUAUUUUUCUAUGUUCUGGCUGUGAACAGAUCAGAGUGAUUGCUGUUGGAAAUGUUGACAUGAUUUGAGAUUCUAAGUGUUGAUGUUGCAAGCUGGCAUGUGUUUACAUUUCGUCUUGGCAAGCUUCUUGAAUGAACAUGCACAGUGUUGAAAUACUUUGUGUACACGCAUCUUUAUUUUGAACCAUGACUUCACUUUAAAGAACCAUUGAUGACACAUGUGAAUGAGCUGUUUUUAUCAUUGGAACAAAGCAGUCGCUUUGACUGACUUUCCAUUUCAGAGUUAUGUAUCUUUUCUAUUUCUUUCAACUUCUUUUGUAAGCACACAUUUUCACUUUCUAUUUUCUGUAUUGUUACAUGCAAUAAAUUGAUACAGUAAAAUGGU